AUGCCAACCCUUGAAAAAUCUCGACUAGAGAUUCUGCAACUGUUACACAAAUAUGACAUGAUCGGCAAUACCGUUUUACAUCAGCACCCGCACCUGGCCAGAAAAAAAUAUGGAAUACUUUUUCUGCCAUUUUUCUAUGUCAAGAGUGACCUGAUGAGGGCGAAUCAUGAGCUAAAUCUCAGGGACAACGAGUGGGCUAGGCGACUUGUCGCUCAACUUUGUGCCCUUGUUUCAACACCCAUUACAUUGCGCAUUCCAUUAUUAAACGAAUCUCGAGAGCACUCACACCUCGUACCGCCCAAUAAGAGCCUCUCAAUAAGCCAUAAUUCUAUAUGUCUGCCCAUAAAACACGCCGGACGAAGCGCGGGCGUGGCCUCCCUCCUCCGGCGCAGAUCCAGUGUUGCUCGAGAUCAACUGAGAUCUUCCGAGAGCAACUUCACGCCCUCGCGCCUCAGCUCGCCACUAGUCUCCCUUCUAGCCUCACACCAAUACACCAGACCAGCCAGACACCACCCAUACCCAGCCACCCAGUCUCCACCAACACCACUCAUACACAGCCCCCAUUACACACCACACUACACAGCUCACCCAUCUCCUACGGUCACCCAUCCAACAUAUACACAGCCCUACCCCACGUCCCAGCACAUCCACAUCACCCAGCCUACUCCAGCCCAGCACCAUACCACACUUCUACACACUGCCCCACCCUGCUCAAGCACCCCACUAUCAGCCCCUCCCAGCCCAGCACACCACCUAUACACAGCCACCCGUUCAGCCACUCCAUUCAUGCACCCGGUCUCACCCCAGUCCAGCCACUACCAACCUAUUACACACUGUCCCAUCCCAAGCCCCCAGUUCACACCACAUACACAUGUUCUCUUUUGCUCUACUCCUAGUCCCUAUUGCACCACUUCCCUAUACACAAGUCCACACCAAGCCAGCUACACCAACAUCUACAUCACCACCAGAUCCAAUCAACACACAUUCAUACACAGCCACCCAGCACCCAGCACAAUCCCCAUACAAAAGCCACCAGCCCAGUCAUCCCCCCAUUUACACAGCCACUCCCCAGCCCCUAGCCAACUACCAACAUACACAGCCACCCAGUCCAAGGCCACCUACCACAUACCCACUCCAUGUCCCCACCCACGGCCCUCCGCUACACUCACUCCUCCCUCAUACAACCACCCAGCAGCAGCACACAUCCAUCACGCCACCCAGUCCCAGCACACCCAUACACAGCACAGCCCACCCAGCUGUCCCAGCACCCCACGCUACAGUCCACAGCGGUGCACAGUGCGCGACCCAGCCCGAGCAUCAACCACCACGUACCACUAG